CAGCCCUGGUAAAACAGCUGAUUUAGCAAACGCGUGUGCUUAUUCAAAAGUAUAAACAAAAGUGCUUACAUUUCUAAAUCGCUGAAAAGAAUAAAGUUUAAAGAUGGCUGGACGUGGGCGUGGUGGUAAAACAGGAACGCUAACAGCGGAGCAAAUGCAGAUGUUGGGCUGCAUGGGCAAGGAUAUGCCACAAGUGCAAUCAGCACCGCCGCCAACGUUUCCACCGGUGCUCAACAAGCCCACAACAUUGGAGACCACCGCCUCACAGAAUUAUCAGCUGCUAUGGAAGGAAGAUUUUCUCAAUCGCCUGCGCGACUCGCCCUACUAUAUAAGCAUAGCUAGUCAAGAAAAACCCAAUACAGAUGUGAAGGACUGGCGAGAGAAAGCGCUGCAGCGCAUGAAACAAAAAGCUCAACCCGAAUUCAACUACAAAGCCAUGCCCAGAGAGCUGAGUUCCGGCAGUCGCAAGCGACCCACCACAGAACCUAGACCUAAGCUGCUUGCUAAGAAGACUAACAUUGAGGAUAGACUGAAACAGCUGGAGCAAAAAGAACUCAAGAGCGGCGGUGUCAAUGAAAACGAUGAAGCAAAGGCAGACAGCGACUCAGAGCGUGAGGAUGAAGCCGAAGAUCCAGAUGCAGCGUUGGACGAUGAAAUGGAUGAAGAGAAUGACUAUGCUAAUGAUUACUUUGACAACGGCGAAGCCUACAAUGAAGAGGACGAUAAUUUGGAUGAUGGUCCCGUUUACUAAAGUUCAAGAAUAAACAAAUGCGCUU